GAGUACAGUCCUCGACCCACGCAGAGCCAACAGCAGAACACAUCUGUCAGGCUUCAACUGCAGCCCGACAGCUUGUGGUCUCUAAUUUAUGGAGCGUCGCCCUGAAUGGAAACAGGGAAAGAAGGAGUGGGAGAGGGGACAAGGAACAGGUACACUCCAGGUCUGCGUCAUACAUAUAUAUGUACCUGUGCAACAUGUGCACCUGCACAAGAGUGGCAUCAGUCACUUUGUUGGGACAGAAAUGGCCUCAAGUGAGGGGAACACAUUUAAGAUGACGUCUUUGGACCAUGACAUCAACCAACACUUUCAGGAUGCAAUAGAUGUGAUUCAGCAGCAUUCCUACUGUGAUCCAGAUUACAAAUAUUAUGAGACCCUGGUUAGCCCGCAGUCACCUUCCCAGUGUCAGAUCUCCUGCUGCUUUGUUACACACCCGUCUGACAUGCCGGUUCCAGCGUAUGACUGGAGCGACACGCCUUACCAGUCCUGGCCUCAGGUCAUGCCUGAUGCCUCUCUAAGCCACUCGGUGCAAAAUGAACCCUCACAUUUCUACUCCAUCUUACCACCGUCAAGGAGCAGCAAAGGUCGUAAGAAGCUCAGGCUUUACGAGUACCUCCACGAGGCUCUGAACGACCCCAGCAUGGGUGACUCCAUACAGUGGACGGACAGCGGCAGCGGCAUCUUCCACUUCAUCUCCAAAAACAAGGAGAAGCUGGCCGAGUGCUGGGGACAGCGCAAAGGAAACCGCAAGACCAUGACCUAUCAGAAGAUGGCAAGAGCUCUGAGAAACUACAGCCGCACAGGUGAGAUUGUCAAAGUGCGCCGCAAACUCACCUACCAGUUCAACCCAGACAUCCUGAACCGGCUGGGCUCUGCACAGGUGCCAGUGCACCUGCCCUGCCAGCCCAAGCAAGAAGAAGUCCACAGCCAGCAGGAGCACCCAUCUGAACAGAGCUACUGCGGCUCUGCAACUGCAGACUGGCCCGGUUGGUACUACGGACACUAUCAGCUGCAGGAAGACUACGACCUGGCCUCAAGCUUUGCCUCACACAAUUCAACCAAACUCUAAAAUAUCGAGCUCAAAGGUUCAGAGUGAAACGUUUUUUUCACUUUUCUCAAGCCUUCAGAACAAUCCUGCCAAUUCUAACUUAUUCUACUGUUAAUUAUUAAAGAAUAAAGUCGCAGCGAUGUCCACCAGCCUCAGCAGUUUCUGUAAAUAAUCUGUAGAUAUGAUCAUGAAGGAUGUGUACAUUUAAGUAAAAGCUUCAUGCAUCUUAAACUGUUACUGUUACUCACUAAAUGGGCGAAUCUCGUUUUGUCCGUUUGUGAGCAAAUUCAACACUUUCAAAUGAAGAAGCAUCAAAUCUUUUCAUCUUUAGUUUAAUUCUUACAUUUAUGAGAUAUUUCUCACAAGUCAUGUUCUGGCCUCACAGAGGACACUUUGAUUUUCAUGGACUGGAAAACCUGCAUUGUGUUGUUUACAGGCUGACCUUUGCGAAACGUUUUUGACCUUUUCAAAAAAUGCGAUUCAACAUCUUGUGACUCAACAGGUGAUCAAAUGCAUUAAUGAACCCUAAAAACAAAACAUCUACAAAAAUACGUCUUUUGAUCUAAAUAUAAUUUUCAUUUUUAAGAGGAUUAACACAAAAAAUCUUAAAAAUUUGAGCUGAAUGAUCAUAAAUAUGCAGCACUUUUGUUCAAUUCAAUUCAAAAAUACUUUAUUAAUCCCAGGGGGAAAUUUUUUGUUGUUCAUAAAUUAAGAUUUGAUAGAGAAACUAGUUGUUUUAAUGUUCUUUUACAGAAAAAGCACAAAUGUUUUGGUGUUUAAGUGCGGAGAAAACAAAAGCCAUGUAUUUACCAUGUAUAUAUG